CCUGUGCCAAUAUAUCCUCCAAACACCGGCUUCUCUGGCAUUAUCACUUAAAUAUGAGUAAUUGAUUAAAAAACAAUGCAGAUGGAUUUCUCUGAUGAAUGGAUCACAUGCAUAGCCUUUGAGUUUCUCAACUCCACGAUUUGCAAGUACAAUGGAGUGAUUUUAUCGACUUGAUCGAAAUGUCAGUUGAUAAAACAUGUCAAUUUAAUGCUUUCCGUGUACCUAUAUUUGUCCUGUGUUAACGUGAGCUUUUCUUAGGGUGCUGAAAUCCGUAGCAUUUGCAACCUUUGCAAAGGUAGCCAUUGUUUGUUAAUGGAGAUAGAACAGCGGAUGUUUUUAUUUUGGCAGGGCAUGCACAGAAUGCCAUUUUUUAAACUUUAGCUUUCAAAUCCAACUGAUAACUAUAACAAUCAGGAGAAGCACAGGUACAGUUUCAAAACUACGGACAAGCUCGCAUUUACACAGGAGAAACAUACUGUAGGUGAAAGGAAAGCAUAAACAUUUAAAUCUUGACUGACAGCAACUCGAUGUAGUCGGAGGUGCAGUCCGUCCACGUGUCACUCAACUCCAUUUUACAUCGUGGAGUUGAGAAACUCCGCUACAGAGCCUCUAGGGAUGUCUAAAUGUUAGGUCUUCAAUCGGCAAACCUAGACGGUGCUGAGGAUUCAACUCACUGGUCGUGACUGCUCGUGAGCUUUCUGCUAAGAAUCCCGGAAACGAGUCUCAACAAGGAGAAGGAGGCGGUUACAUCCGCAUGAUCAACGCCAAUGGUCUCGCGGAGGAAUCGGUAGCCAAGGUAUUCCCUCUUGUGCGUAGGAAAAUGGGCGGUUUUGGGGAAAGCUCGGUCACGCUGCGUGGGUGUUGAGUGUAUAGUAAAGGGCUGCCACGGCAGUAUUUAGCAUAGUCUGCAGUCAGCCGCUCAGUCAACUAACAGCCCGACCACAGCUAAAACAGCUAAGAGCUUUUCAGCACCAAAAAAACUGCGGACAGCUCCUCAAUAAGCGAACACUAUGGUUCUGAUCUGGACCCAGUUUGGAGUGAAAACCAAAAAUGGCAAGUGCAAGGUCCGCGUUAUGAACAGGAAUGACAGCUCGGGCUCUUCAUCAGGGGAGAACCAGAAGGACCAAGAGGUUCCCGUUCUGUCCAGGCCUAUGGGGAAGGAUUUCUACAAGGUCCUGGGUGUCGAGUCUGACUCCAAUGAAGACGAAAUCAAGAAGGCAUACAGGAAGAUGGCCCUGAAGUUUCACCCCGACAAGAACAGCGCUGCGGACGCCGCGGACAAGUUUAAGGAGAUUGCAGAAGCUUAUGAGAUUCUGACCGACUCCAAGAAAAGGGUCAUCUAUGAUCAGUUUGGAGAAGAAGGUCUCAAGAACGGAGGCGGGGUGUCCAUGGCAGGCAAAGAGAACAACCCCCAUCACUAUAGUUACCACGGCGAUGCCCACGAGACCUUCUCAACAUUCUUCCAGGGCUCCGACCACUUCGACAUCUUCUUCGGGCCCGACGGCGAGGAGGAGCUUUUCAAUCCCUUUAACCGUUUCACCUUCAGCAAAGGUGAUGGUUACCAUGGUAACUACGGCCCCAACGGUGAGAAACUUCGUCGCGGGCGACGGCAGGGCGUGGCGGUGGUGCACGACCUCCUGGUGACCCUAGAAGAGGUGUUCCACGGCUGCUCUAAGCACAUGAAGAUCACGCGGCACCGCCUCAACCCAGACGGCCGCAGCCUUCGCACUGAGGACAAGGUCCUGAACGUGGUGGUGAAAAAGGGAUGGAAGGAGGGUACCAAGAUCACCUUUCCCAGAGAGGGUGACGAGACGGCCAAUAGCAAACCCGCUGACGUGGCCUUCAUCCUCAAGGACAAGAAACACCCCCACUACAAGAGGGACGGGUCCAACAUAGUCUAUACGGCAAAGAUCACCCUCAAAGAAGCUCUAUGUGGAUGCACAGUCAACGUCCCCACCCUCGACAACAGAACGAUGCCACUACCGUGCAGUGACGUCAUCAAGCCCGGCGCCAUUCGGCGGCUGAGGGGCGAGGGGCUGCCCCAUGCCAAGACCCCCACCACACGUGGCGACCUGGUGGUGGAGUUCCAGGUGGCCUUCCCUGACAGGAUCCCUCCCCAGUCCAAAGAGAUCAUCAAACACAGCCUCAUUGGGUGCUAACAUGCUAUCGUGCUAACGACCACAACACCUAGCCGAUACAAUCACAGCCUUGCUAGGUGCUAUGACAAUCCAGCACAGCUGGAGACAAUGGCAGGAAUGGAAUCUUUAAAAACAUAAAUACAUUUUUGAUUAUAGGCACUAUUCAUCAUCUACAAUGCCACAGGGGAAAAGGUUUACAGUUUAACAGGCCAAUGGACUCCUGAGUGUCUGGGCACGUUUUCUGACUGACUGACUAGCCUUUCUCUUGAAUGAAAAAUGGUAGAGGUACUCUUACUGUGUUGCCUAUAUCAAGAAUGUGGUAUGCCAAUAGAGUCAUUCGACUCAUUAGAGAAGCCUGCGGUAGUUGAUUAUCACGUGGCAAAAUUAUUCUACCAGUUGUAUGGUGUUCAUAUGUCUGCACUUUUACAUUGAUUUAUUACAAUAAAUAAACAAAUAUGUACUUGUGUACAAGACUGUACUAAUGUACAAAUAUAGUUAUAACUGUCUCUAAAAGAGAUUAAUUUGUCAAAUGUUCAACUGAAUCAUUUGAAACAUUUGUAUAUAUUUGUGCUUUAACUUAUACCAGAUGUUAAUGUAUUAUUCUAAAUUGACAAAUGGACAAAGAAAAGCAUGUUAAAUAAAUGAAAAUAACUGAAUUUAAAAAAAAGGUUGUUUUAUUGUUUUAUUAAAAUGUUCAACACUGGUCAUGAACUAUGAUUCAGGAUAAGAAUAAGCAUGUCCAUAUCACAAAAGGAAAUGUGAAAUACACUGAACAAAAGAAAAAAUACAUUCAGCAUGCAAUUUCAAAGAUUUUACUGAGUUACAGUUCAUAUAAGGAAAACAGUCAAUUGAAAUAAAUUCAUGAAGCCCUAAUCUAUUGAUUUCACAUGACUGUGAAUACAGAUGUGCAUCUGUUGGUCACAGGAUACCUUACAAAAGGUACAGGCAUGGAUCAGAAAGCCAGUCAGUAUCUGGUGUGACCAACAUUUGCCUCAUGCAGUGCAGCACAUCUCCUUCGCAUAGAGUUGAUCAGGCUGUUGAUUGUGGCCUGAGGAAUGUUGUCCUGCUCUUCAAUGGCUGUGUGAAGUUGCUGGAUAUAUUGGAACACGCUGUCGAACACGUCGAUCCAGAGCAUCCCAAACAUGCAGGCUAUGGAAGAACUGGGACAUUUUCAGCUUCCAGGAAUUCUGUGCAGAUCCUUGCGACAUGGGGCCAUGCAUUAUUAUUAUCAUGAUUCCAAGUGUUAUUUCAAUGUGUUGAUGUCUUCACUAGUAUUCUAAAAUGUUCAAAAUAGUACAAAUAAAGAAAAACCCUUGAAUGUGUAGGUGUGUCCAAACUUAGUACUGUAUCUCUCUCUCAUUCAUAUUCACUGAACAAAAAUAUAAGUGCAGCAUGUAAAGUGUUGGUCCCAUGUUUUCUGAGCUGAAAUAAAAGAUCCCAGAAAUGUUUC